CACACUCCGCUCAGGGCUGGAAGUUGCUCUUGAAGGGCAAACUACAACUUGCAGAGAUGGAAGGAAGCUGCUCGAGAAAAACAAUGAUGGGCAGCUCAUAAGCAGCAUCUUUUAAUAUGUUGCUUUAGCGACGAGGUUCCUAAGCGACGCCGAGCUUUAGCCCUGUUAGCUGACAGUGGUCAAACUGGAGCAGCCUGGAGAAAGAAAGGACAGUUUGUCCCCGAUACACUGACAGGCAGUUUGGGGUGUUUAGAGGACAGGAAUCAUGAAGUUCGCUCAGUUUUUGCUGAAAAAUGGCUCCUUCACUGGGAUACCGAAGCAAGUGGAGAGGUUUGCUAAGUUUUCCCCCUCCCCCUUGUCUAUGAAGCAGUUCAUUGACUUUGGCUCGGCCAAUGCAUGUGAGAAGACCUCGUUUGUGUUCCUGCGGCAGGAGCUUCCUGUCAGACUGGCCAACAUCAUGAAGGAAAUCGACUUCCUCCCUGACAAGCUCCUCAGCACUCCAUCCCUAAAGCUCCUCAUCAGCUGGUAUUCACAGAGUUUGUUGGAGAUUGUAGAUUUUUUAGAAAAGGAUCCAGAUGAUAAGGAUGUACUGUCAAACUUCACACAGACCCUGGUCAACGUCCGUAACCGGCACAACAACGUGGUGCCCACCAUGGCUCAGGGUGUGGUGGAGUACAAAGAGGCCUUCGGCGUGGACCCCGUCACCAACCAGAACGUCCAGUACUUCCUGGAUCGCUUCUACAUGAGCCGCAUCUCCACACGCAUGCUCAUGAACCAGCACACAUUAAUCUUCAAUGGCAGUGUGAAUCCAGCCCAUCCCAAACACAUUGGCAGCAUUGACCCCAGCUGUGACGUUGUGGAGGUGGUAAAAGAUGCCUAUGAGACUUCAAAGAUGCUGUGUGAGCAGUAUUACCUGACCUCUCCUGAUAUGGAGAUCACAGAAGUCAAUUCCAAAAACCCUGACCAGCCACUCCACAUUGUCUAUGUGCCAUCCCAUCUCUACCAUAUGCUGUUUGAGCUUUUCAAGAAUGCCAUGAGAGCUACAGUAGAGACCCAUGAGACGAGCCUGACGCUGCCCCCGAUCAAAGUACGAGUGUCACUGGGAACAGAGGACCUCACUAUCAAGAUGUCAGACAGAGGAGGAGGAGUGCCUCUGAGGAAGAUUGAUCGUCUGUUCAGCUACAUGUACUCCACGGCUCCCAGUCCGGUCCACACAGACAACUCUCGCAAUGCUCCACUGGCUGGUUUUGGCUAUGGCCUGCCCAUCUCACGUCUCUAUGCCAAGUAUUUCCAGGGAGACCUGCAGCUCUACUCCAUGGAGGGCUACGGCACCUCAGCUGUCAUAUACUUGAAGGCCUUGUCUUCUGAGUCAGUGGAGAGACUUCCUGUUUUCAACAAGUCCGCCUUACGGCAUUACCAGACGAGCAUAGAGGCAGACGACUGGUGCAUGCCCAGCAAGGAUCCAAAGAAACUGGGCAAUUCCCAGAGGACUCUGAGAUAGUGGACCGAGGGAGGAAGUGAAGGACACUCUAAAGUAGUUUGAAUAAAAAAAAUAAUAGAGUUAAGAAGGGUCCAUGCUGGAGGAAAUGGAUUAACUUGUACUGUAAGUGGGAGAAGGCACCAACCGCUUCAUCAUGCUGCUGGACCUGGACUUGUGUAGUUUGUGGAAUGAGGAUUCCUUUUUUCCUAUCGCACCGAAGAGAUGAGCUUUUACUACCAGCCUCCAGGCUAUUUAAUUUAAUUUUACUACACAAUGAUUACAGGCUGCUAAUGGCAAUGGAACAAGUCUAGUAUUAAUCUCCUCAUUUAUUACACUCACUUUUUGAGUUUUAAUAACAUGGUUACACUUUGAAACAAGCAUGCUGUUUGUGUUUAUAUCAGUUUUUUUGUUUGAAAAUGUAUCAUUUCACAAUCUAAAGACUGGCUAGUAGUCUUUGGUGAUUGGAAUUAAUGGGUAAAAAGCUGAAAAACCCAACCGAAGCCAGCUGCAGUAGAGUCACUUUGCUUUAACAGAAUGGAAACAUGUUCAAUGACUCCAGCAAAACAAAGGGUGCAAAGUCAGUUCCUCCACUUUUGAUUUAGUUGGCAUUUCAGUCCUUUAUAACUUGCAGCAUUGCGUCACAAACAACUUCUGCAUUUCAUGUAGUUCCGUUUUCAUACAACUCCAGCAUUUCAGAGACGCUGGAGGAAUUUGCACAGGUUAUGCAUAGUGUUAAAUGAAAUUAUUUUUGCUGUAAUGACAUCAGUGUAAAAUAAAUUGCUCCAUUUUUAGCCUUUUAGCUUCUUUAAUAUGAGAUGUAAACUAAAUGUGAUACUUUUAAUAGAGAAUUCUGCAUGCCAGCAAGCUACCUAUCUGUUCCCUUUAACCUCCAUACAUGAGAUCGUUUUAAGUUGGGUUAUUGUUAACACGCUUGAUGGAUGUUGAGUUCAAUAUUGUAAAGUGACAAUGUGCCUUUAUGGAGAAGUGUAAUUGUUCACAUAGUAUUGCACCAUAUUUGCAUUUAAUGUGUAUGUUUAAACUGUGACUUAUUGUAUUUUAAUUGUAAAACUGCCAAGUUAACCUUCACAUUAAUAAUUUUUCCCUUGUUGAAAUUAGUGUGGAGAUAACUGCAAUAGGAACUAAAAUACACACUUUUUAAACCUUUUCCAAAAAAGUU